AUGCUUCCCGACAUCUGCAAGGACAUUGAGCCAAACUUCCUCCUCUGCGACAGCGCCCUCGAGCACAUUGUCACCCACUUCCGUAGAGAGCUCCAGGCCGGUCUCGAGCAGAGAGGCGAGGAUGUCGCCAUGAUUCCGAGUUUCGUACCGGGCGUCCCGGACGGAAGCGAGCAGGGCACGUUCCUCGCCCUCGAUCUGGGCGGGACGAAUCUGCGCGUAUGCGAGGUCCGGUUGCUCGGUAACCACAAGUUUGAGAUGAAGCAGCAAAAGUACAAGGUGUCGGACGAGCUCAAGGAGGGCGAGGCGACGGUGCUCCUUGAUUACAUUGCGGACAGUGUCGACGCGUUCCUCACUGAGAUUGGGAGCGACGUUGCGCCGGAGAAAGGCGAGCCGUUGCUCCUCGGCUUUACGUUCUCCUUCCCAGUCGAGCAGACCGCCAUCGACAGCGGCACGCUCCUGACCUGGACGAAGGGCUUCAAUGCCAAAAAUGCGAUCGGCAACGACGUCGUUAAGCUUCUCAACGACGCGUUUGAGCGAAAGCACAUCCAUGUGCGGUGCAGCGCGCUCGUCAACGACACGGUCGGCACCCUUCUCUCGCGGUCGUACCAGCACGGUCCUGCGCUCAUUGGCGCCAUUUUCGGCACGGGCACAAACGGUGCUUACAUCGACAAGACGUCGACGAUCAAGAAGCUCGGCGAGAAGCAUAUCUGCGAGCUCGAAGAAUGUGGCGAGCACGCGGGCGAGUACAUGGUCAUCAACACGGAGUGGGGAGCGUUUGACAACAAGCGCCAAUGUCUGCCCGUAUCGAUCUUUGACGCUAAGCUGGACCGUAUGAGUAUCAACCCCCGCAAGCAGGCAUUUGAGAAGAUGGUGUCUGGCAUGUACCUUGGCGAGAUCACGCGCAACAUCCUCUUGCAUCUGAUAGACUCGAACGUGCUCUUUGGAGGGUACAGUACCGACGUGCUGAACGAGCACUACGGGUUUGACACGUCGUUCGUGUCAGCGGUCGAGGGCGCCAAGACGGACGAGGACGUGAUUACAGCCAUCACCGACAUUCUCAAGGUCAAGCGCAAGUACGUCGAGCCCAGAGACGUCGAGUUAGUGCGCUGGGCAACCAAGCUCGUCGCGCACCGCGCUGCGUUCCUGGCAGCGACGGCCAUUGCGGCAGUGGUUCAGCUUACGGAGAAGCACCGGCGCGCAGAGGACAAGGAGACGAUCGACGUCGGUGUCGACGGAAGUGUGGCGCAGUACCUGCCGGGUUUCGAGACUAACGUGCGCGUCGCGCUACGCAAGUUGCUCGGAGAGGCGGGUGAGAAGCGGAUCACGAUUGGUUUAGCCAAGGAUGGCUCGGGCGUCGGCGCGGCACUUACCGCGCUGCAGGCUAAGAAGGCGAUUGAGCGGUCCAAGAAGGCGGCGGCCAAGUAA